UCAUGAAUUGAAAGAACUAUGAAGUUUAUAACCCUGAGGUUGAACUUCUCCAACCUUAUCAGGGCAAACCCAAUCCUGCUCAACGCCUCUUCUUCUUCUUCUUCAACCGGACUUCUAUGGCGAAGGGAAGGAACAACGUGGUGCUCUUUCCUUUCAUGGCGCAAGGCCAUAUCAUACCAUUUCUAGCCUUAGCCCACCACAUAGAGCAAAUGGGCUACGCUGUAACUUUUGUAAACACACCGCUAAACAUCAAGAAAAUCCACAAAUCUAUUUCUCCAGGCUCCUCCUCUAUUGAUCUUCUCGAGAUCCCCUUCAACUGCAGCGAUCAUGGCCUCCCGCCCGAGGCGGAGAACACCGACUGCCUCUCCUACAACCUUUCCCUCCGCCUUCUUGAAGCUACUCUGACUAUGGAGCUUCCGUUCAGAAAGCUACUUUCCGAUCUUAUUGAUGCUGGAGAAAAGCCGGUGUGUGUGAUAUCAGACUUCUUCUUCGGGUGGACAGCUGAUGUAGCGCAUGAGUUUGGGAUUUUCCAUGCGAUUUUCAGCGGUGCAAGCGGAUUUGGGAUGGCUUGUUACUACUGUCUGCGGUUGAAUUUAAUCCAUCAAGGCCCUGGGAAUGUUGAGAUUUUCCUGCCUGAUUUUCCUGAAGCUGGAAGGUUUCAUGUCACUCAAAUCCCGUUUUUCAUGUUGGUGGCAGGGGAGGAUGACCGCAUGAAGAAAUUCCAGCGGAAGAAUCUCCCGAAAUGGUCAAGUUCAGAUGCAUUUAUUUUCAACACAGUCGAAGAUCUGGACAGGUCUGGAUUAUCGUUUUUCAGACGUAAGCUAAGAAUCCCAGUUUGGUCAAUCGGGCCUCUACUAUUAUCCAGGCGGGAUACCAGCAGAGAAGCAACAAGCAGCCUGGAGAAAUGCAUGGAAUGGCUGGACAAAAGAGAAGCAAAACCCGUGCUAUACAUAUCUUUUGGCUCACAAAACACAAUCUCAGCAUCACAGAUGAUGAACUUGGCGAAGGCCCUCGAUGCCAGCAGCAGAAAUUUCAUAUGGGUGGUUAGGCCGCCAUUAGAAACCGACAUAAACGCAGAGUUUGCGGCAGAAAAAUGGCUGCCAGAGGGAUUUCUGCAGCGUGUUCAUGAUCAAGAAAGAGGGCUAAUUAUCAGCAGAUGGGCACCUCAGGUGGAAAUUCUGGCUCAUAAUUCUGUGGCUGCAUUUAUGAGCCAUUGCGGGUGGAAUUCAGUGCUGGAAUCGUUAAAGAACGGCGUGCCGUUGAUCGGGUGGCCUGUUGCAGCUGAGCAAUUCUACAACGCAAAGUUGCUGGUGGAAGAGGUUGGAGUGUGCGUGGAAGUGGCGAGAGGGACUAACGUGGAAGUGAGGGAAGAGGAUAUCAUGGAGAAGAUAGAGUUGGUGAUGGGUGAAAAUGAAGAAGGAAAGAGAAUGAGGAGGAGAGCUGGCGAGGUUAAACAAGUGAUUGAAGCAGCCAUGAGAGACGAAGGAGAUUCCAAGGGGUCUUCUGUGAAAGCCAUGCAUGAAUUCUUUGCUGUUGCCAACUCUAGUUGCUACCUAAAUUAA